AUGAUGGCAUGGGUACCACACUUACUCUGGCGUGUUGGUUCAAGACGUUUACCUCUAUUAUUAAAAUCAGCCAAAGAAGCUGCUAUACCUGAUCGUGAAUUGCGACUCAAGGCUGUUUCAUGUUUAGUUGCAACACUAGAAGAACAAGCUGAAUCACAGUCAAGAUUUAGACGAAUAAAAUCAAUUGUAAAUCGAUGUCUAUGCGGUGUCACACCGAAUGCUCGUCUAACUAUGCUCUUCUUAUUUGUACGAGCAUUAUUUGUAGCUAAUUCAGUUGGACAGAUUUAUCUAAUGAAACGCUUUACCGGUUUUAAUAGUACUGUAUUUGGUCUACGAUUAUUACAAGAUUUAUCUUCUGGAAUUGAAUGGGAACGAACUGGACAUUUUCCCCGUGUCACAUAUUGCACAAUAAAAGUUCGUAAAAUGGGUCAAACUAAACCUGCAAGCUACACUUUGCAGUGUGUUUUACCGAUCAAUAACUUCACUGAGAAAAUCUAUGUAUUCCUGUGGUUUUGGUUUGCUAUUCUUGGAUUAUUAACCACUCUAAACACAUUACAAUGGGCAAUGAAUACAAUAUUGCCAGUACGUCGUGUACGUUAUAUCAAACAAUAUUUGAAGGCAUUACGAUUGAUAUCUAGCACAGAAGAGCGUGAUUGUGCACGAUUUGUAAAUAAUAAUCUAGGCGCUGAUGGUGUCUUCAUUCUGCAUGUUGUCUCUAAAAUAGCUAGUGAUCUUAUCGCCUUGGAUGUGACAGCCACAUUAUGGAAAAAUUAUCGACAGGCGAAAAUCACGGGGACAGAAGAAGACGUUAACCGUCUAUUGGAAACAGUCAAUCGAGGUUCAUCUGUUGUCUAA